AUGGCCUCCCGAUCUUUCUUGCUCGCAAGCACAUCCGUAGUUAUCGCAGGUAGCCUCUUCUACAUCCUACACAAAAACGAUCACAUCCAACCUUUACCUCCAACGCGACUACGUAGCGAAAUCAGAGCGGAAAGAGAAAGAUGGCGCCACGUGCAAGAAAAGAAAGACCAAGUCGCAGCCACGAAUUCUGAGCAGCUUUCUGAGCUGCCUUUUCAGACAGACAAGCAGGUGGCCGCGUUGGACGAUUCAGCCUGGGGAAACUUCGCAAGCAGAUUUGCCUUGUUCUCUGCUGUCACCGAUUUAGAAUGGAGCUCUAUGGCAGACAAAAUAGUAGACGUCGUCAUGCCAGAUUGGGCGAAAUUGCUCCCAGAAUACAUCAGCAAACUGCAAAGGGAGCUUUCCAUGGCGCCUGGAUCAUUAGCCGACGAGAUAUGGCAAGAUGCGCAUGAUCCAUACAUUAAUCCUGAAAUUGAGUACUCCGCAACCGUAAGGGUAUCUUCAGAGCUUUGUGACGAGGAGAAGGCAUUUCUUCAAAAGCGAAAGAAAUUCACUACCGCGGCAUUGGCGAAGUAUCUCGGCUUACCGGAGGAGGAAGUAAACCCUGAAGACGUUCCAACGAUUGCUAUGGUGGGAUCAGGUGGGGGGCUAAGAGCUCUGGUUGCAGGCACAGGCUCAAUGUUGGCAGCGGGCGAAGCCGGCCUCUUUGAUUGUAUCACUUAUACGGCUGGUGUAAGUGGAAGCUGUUGGCUCCAGGCGCUAUACAAUUCAUCGCUUGGUGAACGUCGACUUGAUAAACUAGUUGAGCACCUCAAGGCUCGACUUGGAGUCCACAUAGCUUAUCCGCCCGUCGCUCUCGCAGCACUCAAUCAGGCCCCAACAAACAAGUUCCUUCUAAGUGGAUUUGUGGAGAAACUGAAAGGCGACCCUGAUUCUGAUUUGGGGCUUGUGGAUGUUUACGGGUUACUAUUAGCUGCUAGGUUGCUUGUGCCUAAGGGCGAAAUUGGGGUGGACGACAGAGAUUUGAAGAUUUCGAAUCAGCGAGACUACAUCAAACACGGCGAAAACCCGUUGCCGAUUUAUACCGCAGUUCGCCACGAGAUACCCAUUAUCGAAGAGUCGUCAGAGCUAGAGAAGGCAACAGACAAGCCAUCGGAAGAGACGAAGACCAAAGCCAGGCGGGAGGCUUAUUUCCAAUGGAUGGAAAUCACACCCUACGAGUUUUUUUGCGAAGAGUUUUCUGCUGGUAUUCCAACAUGGGCUCUAGGUCGAAAGUUUGAGAAUGGUAAAAAUAUCGAUCAGGAUGGCUUCCACGUUCCAGAACUCCGCCUCCCAUUGCUUCUGGGGGUCUUUGGCAGCGCUUUCUGUGCCACACUGUCACACUAUUACAAGGAGGUUCGACCGUUAGUCAAAGGACUCACGGGCUUUGGGAGCAUCGAUGAAAUGAUUGCGGGCAAAAACGAAGACCUUAGUAAAGUGCAUCCCAUUGUUCCUGCCUCGAUACCCAACUUUGCCAAAGGCAUGAAAGGUCAGUUGCCCGAAACUACACCUGACAGCGUCUACGAAGCCACGCAUCUGCAACUCAUGGACGCCGGAAUGUCUAAUAAUCUGCCCAUAUACCCCCUACUCCGACCUGGCAGAGAAGUAGAUAUCUUGAUUGCAUUUGAUGCCUCGGCAGAUAUCAAAACGGAAAAUUGGCUUUCUGUGGCUGAUGGUUACGCUCGUCAACGAGGUAUCAAAGGUUGGCCAGUUGGACUCGGCUGGCCUAAAUAUUUUACUACUAUAGAGAAGACAGCUGGACAGUUGGAGGAAGCACAAGCAAGUACGCUAGCCGAAGCUAAUUCAAAGUUGGAAGAUGCAAAGGCAGAUCAAGCUGAGCAUCUGAAGGAUAUUGCUGAAUCCAAAGCUCAGCUGCCGCAAAAUGCGGAAGAUCAUGGUGACCUUGGCUAUUGCACAGUUUGGGUCGGGACAACCCAAGAACGCGCCGCUACUAGCGAAGAUGUCCCAUCAAAAGCCGUGAAAGACGACUGGGAAUUAAUGGAGCCAGAUGCCGGCAUUGCUGUUGUAUAUUUCCCUUUGAUGAGCAACCCCAAAGUCGAGGGCGUUGACCCGGUCACGAAUGAUUAUAUGAGUACAUGGAACUUUGUUUAUACCCCGGAAGAUGUUGAUAAUGUGGUCUCCCUUGCCCGGGCGAAUUUUGAAGAAGGAAGGGAGCAGACUAGGCGUUGCGUGCGGGCUGUUUACGAACGGAAAAAGAAGAAGAGAGAAGAGAAAGAGGAUGCUGAAAGACUGGAAAGAUGGAGGAGGAAGGUGAGGCUAGGCAUUGUAGGGAAGAAAGGGGAGGGAGACCAUUUCCAUCUUACCUGA